AUGGAUCCAAAUACCCCACGCAGUCUGAAAAGAGCCAGCGAGGGCCCGUACAGGUUGAGAAAAAGGAUCAAGGCAAUCCAAUACGCAGACAACCCCGCAAGUAAGGAACUCAACAAGAAGCGCGUGCCUGGCGUAAGGCAACAAAGGCGGCAGAUAAUUUGGGAACAUGACGAGACCUGCCAGCUUUUAGCUCACCUCCAAUGGAGCUUCAACAACGGCGUUGAUUUCUGGACUACCGCAUUUCCCAAGUUCCAAGACACUGUCCAACAAGCCUUCACCAAUGACCAGGCGAAGAAGCAGCUGCAGCAUAUAUCGAGCCAGCAUGGCCAGAUGGAAGGCGAUGAUGAUUAUGCCAACUUGCUUGAAUCCGGCCUCGAUUCGUUGAACCUACCAGAGGACAUCUCCAGGAACGUUGACCAGUUCUUAAACCGUAUACCCGACAUCAGCGCCGGCCAGUCUGCAGACGACACGCGUGCGAAAUGCUGCCUCAAGAGGCUCUUAGUGACUUUCUUGGUCUCUCCAAAGAAAUUGAAAUAUAUAUUGCCGAACGAAGAAGGGGCCAAAACCACGGGCCUGGUUGUUCAAGGCUCCUCCGUAGACCCCGAUCAACUAACAGCAGAGCAACAGCCAUCCCAAGCUUUAUCGGCCCUUGGCUCGACAAACCAACUUGUCGGAAACUCAUCCGCAAAGAGGGGUGAACCAUCCGUCGAGAGAGGCUUCGUCGAUUCUCUAACACCUGAUAGAAGAGAAAUGGUGGAAAUAGAAACCCGGCUGAUUGCGUCGUUGAUCGAAAAUGAGCGGCUCAAGAGAGAGGUGGCGCAACAUUACCAACCCAACGCCCGCGUGCUGCUCACACUCCAGCAAUAUAUGGAAAAUUCGCACCUAAGGGUCCGACGCAGUAGAACCUUCAACGCCAACAGUCCAGGUAUGAGCUCGAAGGAAAUCUCAAGAACGUACACAUGCCUGUAUAGGCAGAUGCAAGAUACCUGUGCCCAUGUAUGCCGAUAUAACCCGGAAGCACCGGACGAACAAGCCUCGCGUAGCGAUCUCGUCGAGUCCUGGGCUCUUGAUACCUUUAAGUGA